AUGUGAUCAGGAAAUUGCAGAAGCUUACAUGAAGUUCUAUCAUUUAUCUUUUUAGUAGUGCUGGAGAUGGAUUACGUUGCUUUCUUCAUUAUUGCCGCUUUACAAUCAUCUAGAAUGGAAGGGAAAUAUGUGGAUUCAACUGUGAAACUUACGGAUGCUAUGACUCUUGAAUGUAUCUAUCCAAGGGCUGCAACUAUAUCUCAGAUGUCAUGGCUUAAGGAGAAGGAAAGAGGCAAAGAGAACAUUGCUGUCUUCAGACUGCCCAAUGAACUACAUAUUGAAAGCAGAUAUAAGGACAGAGCCCAUGUUGCUAACUAUACCACAAACAACAAAUCCUUGGUGUUCAGUCACACUGCAGAAGAAGAUGUUGGCUUUUAUUUAUGCUCUUUUCAGACCUUCCCAGAUGGAAUUUGGGAAAAGCGAAUACAGGUUGUCCUAUCAGGGGAUUUUAAGCCUCAAGUCUUAUCACAUCGUCAGGUGGUUACUGAACCAGGGGAAAAUGUCACCUUUAUAUAUAACCCUGAAAUAAUAGUGAAUCAAGUGAAAUGGGAAAGAGUCCAAGCAGACCAUGUGGACUUCAUAGCCCAGUGUGAUGAAUCUGGCAUGCCAGUCUAUGGUUCAGAUUACAAAGAGCGUGUAGUGAUAGACUGUGGUGCCAAGAUAAAUUGCAAAAUUGUACUUUGGGAUGUCACACCUUCUGACUCUGGGAUGUACGGCUGUCAUUACAUUGGGACUAAUGACACAAAUGGAACGACGUGGACAAAACUGAACAUUAACCACAACGUUCAUUUGGAUUCUCAUUUUGAUCACCGUAUCUUAAUUGCUGGAGCUUCUGCUUUACUGUUGUUAAUUGUCUUGGUCAUUGUUGGGACAACUCUUCACUGCAGAAAAAAGAAGAAGAAAAGGAGGAGGAGGAGGAGGAUGAAAGCUUUUCAUGUGGCUCAAAUACAGCCCUCAAACAGAUAUGGAAGAUCUGGUUGCCACAGUGCAGUAAAUGAACAGCAAACAACAGAGGAUCCAGUCUAUGCGAACUGCAUAGAUUGCUCACACAGACUGAUUAAGCAAAUAUGAUCUCCUGCCUGCUGCGUGGCUGACCUAGCUCCAAGGCUCCAACAGCAUGCAUGUCGUUUACCUCAGGAAUGAGGUUGGAGAGAAGAAUCUACACCAUUACUUUUUCAUUCAUCUUGAACUGAAGAAAUUCAAUACGCACAAAAUUAAAAUGUGUGAAGACUUUAGGUAUAUGCCAGGUGAUAAUUCACAUAGAGGUAAAUAUAUUAAUGGUUGUGCGAGGAAGACAAAUUGGCAGUGAUACGACUGUGGAUGUUAGUAGAACUGUUUUGUGCUCAUUCCAAGUUUGAAAAUAGGUGCACUGUUGAGAUAAGAGACUAAAAAUAGGCCAUAAGCUGUAUUGCAGCCAAGCGUUUAGUAGGUCAGAUGCCAUCUCCCAUAACAUUGCUUUAAAGGCUGACUGCGUAGCGAUGCUGCUGUUGGCUAAUGGUGAUGUAUGAGUUGUCUGGACCCAAUUCAAUACAUACACACUCAUGGCCUUUAUUCUGCCCAGAAUGUAAAGCCUUAGCAGACGUUCCUGCCUAUCACCAUAAGAAGAUUUCUUACUUAGGCUUGCAAAGGAUUGAAAGCAAAUUAACAGAUGCCCAGUCUUUGCUUUUCUGCAAUACCAGAGAAAACAAAAACACAAGGACGCUUACUGGCAAAUUCUAGGCAACAAUUAGAAUACAUUAUGGUAAGGUUGAGUUAUGACACACACAAAAAGAGAUCAAGAACUAUACAUGAAUAAGCAUGGAAAAACAUGAAAAGAGAACCCUGCUCAAAAUGCACACACUUCCUGCAGACAUCCAAAGGAUGUAAGGCAGGGACAGGGAAUCUGUGGCUCUCCAGAGGUUGUGGGACUACAACCAUAAUCUCUGGCUAUUGUCCAUGCUUGCUGAUGGGAGUCCAUCCAUAUUGUCAGGGCUGCAGCUGCCCCAUCUCUGCUGUGAGGGUAGAAAAAAUCAUUUAAAAAAAGAAAAGGAGCUACCCUGAUCAAUGGUACCUGCUGUGUGAUACGGGGGAUUGUAAUUAAUCUGUCUGAUAAUACCUUCUGAAUACAUAUUAAGACUCAUGAGUCUCAAUAUGGGCAUUGGCCAACCAGAAGGGUAGUUAUUGCUUACCCUAAAAAGCAUUGCUCAUGUGUGGCAGUUGAGCAACAAAUGAGUAGCAUUUUUCAUGGUGGGCAAUAACUAUCCCUUUUGGUUUGCUGUGGCCCUUGUUGAGGCUCACACAUGCCUUUUAGAUUUGUGGCAGUCUUGACUAUAGCUACAUCUUUGAAAAACAACAAAACUGUCUACCAAAUUCAUAAUGGCAUAAGCUUUUGUGGACCAUAGUCCACUUCAUCAGAAAUACAAUGAAGUACACAGAGCUGUGUGUACUCUAUGGCAAAUGUAUUAAAAUUUUGCACCAAGAGAAGCCAAACUCUGCAACCUGUAUAUAUUAUGCAAGUUGAGGAAAUUUGCAAAACAUAUUAUGCUCCCCUCUUUUCAUAAUAGCAUUUGUUCUGCUUUUGUCCAACUAUUGACAUUUUGUUCAACUACCUCUCUGAGUUCUGAGAUUUCAGCAAUCUUGCCCAUGCACUUUCAAAUAUAUCUUCAGAGCCAUCAGAACUAGCCAUAAUAAGAAAACCUGGAAGCUGCAGGAAUCCAAAUGUUGUGUCCAGGGUUACAUUUGGUUUCUUUUCUGCAACUCUGCAGAAUUGCAACAGUCACACAACUUUACUUUGGUAUAUAUGAGCUAUAUAGGUGCUAUUGCCAUGACUUUAAUAGUGUCCAGAGCCCAGAAAUUAGGAAAGACAAUUUAGCCCAGUCUCAUUGCAAUGCAUUGUUGUCAGUAGGAAUUUAAGUCACUGAAAAAGGGGUUAUACUUGGAGUAGACCUACUGAAAUGAAUGAACCUAAGUUAGUUGUGUCCAUUAAUGUCAAUGGGUCUACUCUGAGCAGGGUGAACAUUGUUUAUAACCCAAGAUCUAAGGGCCAGAUUAAUAGUUACGCUACCACUUUUAGUAAUGGCCCAGACACUGCAUUCACAUGGGAAUAAAAUCCAGUGCUGUAUCUGCGAGGAACAUUAAACUGAGUAAUCUCUUGUUUCAGGGAGAACUUGAGAACGGCAAAGCAGAGACGAUUAUCUUCUUUCUAGAGCAGAUCAUUUACUGAUUAUUAUUGCUACCUUGUUUGUUUUUAAGAGGUAUUUUCUUCCAGACUUACAUUGCUAAGCAUUAGCUCCAUUUAAUCUUUUUAGGUUAACCCCCCCCGAGAAACUGCUUGCAGCUAAAGGCAGUGUUUUGUACCAAUGAGACAAGGAAUUUUUUUUUUCUGGCAUUA